AUCGGCUUCCUUAUAGCUGCCCCUUUUGUGCUUUAUAUUAUCCUAAUCUUGAUCGCAGUAGCAUUCCUAACAGCCCUGGAACGAAAAAUUAUUGGUUACAUACAACUGCGAAAAGGCCCCAAUACUGUAGGACCCUUAGGCCUCCUACAACCGUUUGCUGAUGGUCUCAAACUCAUCAUCAAAGAAUUAACCUUCCCCAUUCUUGCUACCCCCACCCUAUUCAUCCUGUCCCCUGCAGUAGCUUUAAUCUUAUCCCUUACCGUAUGAGCUCCACUCCCAAUACCAUUCUCCCUAGCCAACCUAAACCUGGGUAUACUAUUUAUAUUAGCCAUAUCCAGCCUAGCAGUCUACUCCCUACUCUGAUCUGGCUGAGCAUCAAACUCAAAAUACGCCCUAAUAGGGGCCUUACGAGCCGUUGCCCAAACCAUCUCCUAUGAGGUAACACUAGCUAUCAUUAUUCUAUCAAUCGUCCUUCUCAGUGGUGGGUUCUCACUACACACACUAGCUAUUACUCAAGAGCCAACAUACUUGGCAUUAACCACAUGACCCUUACUAAUAAUAUGAUAUACAUCAACGCUCGCAGAAACAAACCGAGCCCCCUUCGACUUAACAGAAGGAGAAUCAGAGCUAGUUUCAGGAUUUAAUGUCGAAUACAGUGCAGGAUUAUUUACACUUUUUUUCCUAGCCGAGUACGCCAAUAUUUUACUAAUAAAUAUUUUAACCACCAUCCUAUUCCUCAAUACAUCAACUAACUUCUCCAUACAAAUACUUUUUACCAUCACCCUAAUAACCAAAUCCAUCCUACUAACUAUAGGGUUCCUAUGAAUUCGAGCAUCAUACCCUCGGUUCCGCUACGACCAGCUAAUACAUCUUCUAUGAAAGAGCUUCCUGCCAGCCACACUAACAAUUUGUCUAUGACACACAUCAUUUCCAGUGUCAAUGUUUGGCCUGCCAGCGAUAAGG